AUGCGCAGCAAGGCCAAAGUACUCGCGCAGCUGGGCGGGAUCACCUGGAAACUCUCGCAGUUGCGGUUUGACAAGAUCGGCUCAUUAUUCGAAGAAAAUGGGUCUUUUGUGGUCAAGGGAUGUCUUUCUCGUGGCCACGUGCUACAUGAACGAUAUUCUUUGGAGAUCCCACGCGGUCCUUUCACUUCAGAAUUCGAUUUUUAUGAUAGUCUGGUUUCAGCUUUUUCAGAGCACUCGGAAAUCCUGCAGUUAUCACAUCACUGCUUCGUGGCAGCCGUCCCUUUAUACGACGACUACUCAUCCAGCGCGCAGUAUAGAAGUGCUGUGGAUCUAUGGAACGAUUUCGUGACAACUGGAGGUAAGAUUGACACAGCAGACAAUAGGCUGGACUAUAUAAUUGCAGGCGACGCUCUCCGUGAUAUGAUACCGAGACUUCAGCUGCCAGCUGUUAACCCGGACGCUUUCCCGCUGUGCCAUGCCGAUUUGAGUGUUAACAACAUCUACGUUGAUGAUGAGUAUAAUAUCACCUGCAUCAUCGAUUGGGCAUUUGCAUCGUCUAUUCCUGAGUCUAUGUUGCUAGCUACGCCAGAGUUACCGCAAUACCGCGACGAACUAAGCUCCGAGCUACAUGCACCCUUCAAAAAUGGCUUCAUUGCUGCUAUGCCCGGACACAUGGAAAGGUUGAUUCGCAAGUACUGUGAAUUACUUGAACAAGGUCAAGUUGUCGGAAAACUGAGCCGGCUCCUCAGUCUGGACUCUAUUGUGGAUGACGAUCUCUUCGCUACCAUAUGGCGCUCUGCAUAUGGCCCAGAAAAGGACAUGGGUCAAUACUUCUUACAAUGUCGGCGUUCGGCUCACUACAUUCAGCUCUAUAACGAGGUUCAAAUGGAAGACCAACCACUGUCGAAAAUCAGAAAAGAUGAAGAGAUUUAUUUUCGAAACAAGGAGUUCCGGGAAACAAUAGCUAGAAAGCUAACGCUCGUGUCUGAGUGGAAAACACAGUAUACCGCAAACAACCCGCCGAGACUUCGGAAAGAUAUGUUUGUCACGUCGUCAAAGUUAUGGAAAUGGAUCCAACGGUUCAUGGAAGACUGGGAAAACAUGUCUUGA